CACUCCUCACACACAACCCCUCGUCCUUCAAUCUCCUCCGCCAUCCGCCGGACAGCAGCAGCCGCGGAGGCCCUAUCCACUUAUCCUCCACCCUCCUCAACUCUCCGUCAGCCCUAUCCUCUCCUGCUCCCUUCGUCGUAGUCGCGCUCCCUCUCCGUCGCCCUCCACGCAGCAGCAUCCUCCGUGUCGUCCUCCACGCAGCAGUAUCCCGUGUCGUCCUCCGUGCAUCGCAGCGCACUCCAGCUGGCAGCCACUUCCGUGUCUUCGUCCUCUCCUUCCUGCACUCUGCCACAUCAUCAGCAUCAUCAAGAAUUGAGCCUUUGACUCAGUUUGAUAACAGUACAAGUGACAACAUUGGUGAAACAGGAAGACCGAAAAACCAAAUCAAAUCAAUCCAAUUACAAUUGGUUUAGUUUAGUUUGGUUAGCCUUAGAUAAAAAAGCAACCGAAUAUUUGUUCAAUGUAUUGGAUGGCCUUUCCUCUAACCACCGAACUAUACUGCACUGUGAACACCGCUACAUAAUAUUGCUUGUACCUGCUUUAUUUAUUUAUUGAUUUAUUUCACAUGCUUGCACCUCCAGCUAGGAUUAGCCAUACCUUUCUGUAUCUUUUCUUUUCUUUUAAUCAUCUGCAGUUUCGGCUUUUACUAAAACUCGGGUUUGGGCUCCACAUGAUAAGUUAUUGUUGUUGAAGCCCAACUCAUUCUCACAAGGUUCUGAAAUUCAAACACUUGGAAGUGUCUCACUAUAUAUUCUGUAUCCGGAAGUGUAAACUGUGAAGAGGAGAAAUCAUGUGUCAUAGUUACGAAGCUCUGGUUCUAAUUCAAAAAAUGGUGAAAGUGCCUCCAACAAAAGCACUUUCUUUGUUCAAUUCUUUAAACCAUCACCACACCCCUCAAUCUAUUUCCUUCAUUCUUAACCAUCUUCUCUCCUCUGCCAUGCUCUCCCAUGCCCAUUCGCUUCUCCUCCGCCUCAUCUCUGGCAGAAUCUCCUCUCCUUUCUUCUCUCCAUCAUCACUCAUGCACCAACUCACACACACCCAGUUCAUUCAUAAUUCGACACAUACUCUUCUCUGCGAGGCAAUCAUUAAUGCCUAUGUUCAUUCUCACUUGCCUGAUCAAGCUCUCUGUUUCCUCAACCACAUGGUUCGUAAUGCCCAUUUUCCCACAUCAAACACCUUUAAUAACCUUUUGAUCUUGCUCCUUAGAUCUAAUUGUUUUGGUAAAGCAUGGCUACUUUUCAAUGAAAUGAAGGGUAAGGUUGCUAUGGAUGUCUACAGUUUUGGGAUUAUGAUCAAGGGUUGCUGUGAAGUUGGUGACGUGAUCAAGAGUUUUCGGCUUUUGGCUUUGUUGAUUCGCAUGGGUUUCUCUCCAAAUGUUGUCUUAUACACUACCUUGAUUGAUGGUUGUUGCAAGAUUGGUGAUGUUCAUUUGGCAAAGAAGUUGUUUUGUAAGAUGGAGGGGUUGGGCUUAGUUCCCAAUCAGCACACUUAUAGUGUAUUGAUAAACGGGUUCUUCAAGCAUGGCCUUCAAAAGGAAGCAUUUCUAAUGUAUGAAAACAUGAAGCAGAGAGGAACGGUGCCCAAUGUUUAUGCUUACAAUUGUAUCAUCAAAGAGUAUUGUAAGGAUGGGAAUGUAGAUAAGGCUUUUAAGGUGUUCGAUGAAAUGCGUGAGAAAGGUGUGGCAUAUGGUAUUGUAACGUAUAAUAUUUUGAUUGAUGGGUUGUGCAGAUUGAAGAAGCUUCAGGAAGCAGUAAAGUUGGUUGAUAAAGUGUAUCUUGUUGGCUUAACUCCUAAUUUAGUUACAUAUAAUACACUAAUCAAUGGUUUUUGUGGCAUUGGAAAGAUGGACACUGCUGUUAGAUUAUUUAAUCAAUCAAAGGCAAUUGGACUAUCGCCAUCAUUGGUGACCUACAAUACUUUGAUUGCAGGGUAUUGUAAGAUUGGAAAUUUGGAUAGAGCUCUUAACAUGGUCAAGGAAAUGGAGGAGAGAAGCAUUGCUCCUUCCGAAGUAACUUAUACAAUCCUUAUUGAUGCUUUUGUACAAUUAAAUCAUAUGGACAAAGCAUUUGAAAUACAGUCUUUAAUGGAGAAGUCUGGUUUGAAUUUAGAUGUUUUUACAUGUAGUAUCCUUUUGCAUGGGUUUUGUAUGAACGGUAAUAUGAAAGAAGCAUCAAAGCUCUUCAAAUCAUUGGGUGAGCUGCGCUUGGAACCAAACAGUGUCAUUUAUAAUAUCAUGAUUCAAGGUUAUUGCAAAGAAGAAAGCUCUUACAGGGCUCUUAGAUUACUCAAAGAAAUGAUUGACAAUGGAAUGGUUCCAAAUUUGGCUAGCUUUUGUUCAACCAUAGGGCUUCUUUGCAAGGAAGGAAAGUGGAAGGAAGCGGAAUUUCUCAUACAGAAGAUGAUAAAUUCAGGAUUGGAGCCCUCAGUUUCUUUGUACAAUAUGAUUUACCGAACCAAAUGUGAAGUUCUGUUACAAUAGCCAUGAAAAUAGUAUAAGAGAUUCAUAGCUUCACUUUAUCUUCCAUUCUGCUUCAUAUCAUAGUAUAAAUUAUGAUAAUUAAUCAAGCUCAUUUAAGAAUAUUUUUUAAUGUAUUUGUUGCUCAAUUUGAUUACGAUAGAAUAUCUUGAGUGCAUAUUUCUGGAUUUUGGCAUACAAUGGGAAGCUGCAUAUGCCGUAUGAAAUUGAAUCUUAGAAUGUUUACAAUCAUUCUUAUUUGUUAUAAACCGAGACAAAUCAACUAUUCUACUAGCCACCUACUUGAAUGUAGUUAAAGUGGUGCAACAACCUUGGAGCUUUGCUGGCGUGAAUGAGAAAGUUACAUUAGACAAGUUUGAUGGAGGUGGUCAUAACAACUCCAUUUGAUGGAGCUGCCAAAACUAUUUAUAGAAUUGGCGCAACUUACUUUGCUGUAUUUACUAAUGAGCACAUCCCUUGCCCGCAUCUGAAGAUGUGGUCCUGGUCGACAUUCGGCGAUGGUUGGCGGCUUAGCUGCUACCGGAAAUCCCCUUAAUGCAUGGAUCAAGGGCUUCUAUCCUCUCAGAAGUGUAUCCGAAACAUAAACAUUAGCAGAAAUAUGAGGCUGUUGUUUCUCAAUGAAAGAAGCAUCAGCAGCAGACAGUUUAAUUCGGCAAUCGGUCCAAUAGCACACAAACUGUUGAGGAACUCAAGUACGCUGGGAAAUUACAGAUUCAACGAUGAGCUAGUUUGAUGACUCAACUGAUCUUGAUGCGUCCUAGCAUUCCGUGAAUAAAUUGAUGUAUGGUUCAGUUGGAGGACCAUAUUCUAGGAACACAUUCUACUUCAACUAUGUCCUGCAAUAAAAAUCAUUCCAUCUAUUUGUAUUAUGUUUAAUUGUUUAUUUGGAUGCACUGUUUUUAUUGGUUAGGGGUUGUCCAAUGUAUUUGUGGACAAGGUAGUUAAAAUCGCAACUCUACUCGUAGAAUCGCACGAUUCUGUGAUUUUGCUUCUCCCUCCUGUCUCGUUUAUGCUUCUCGUCUUCCAAGAAGCAGCUCCGUUUACCCUAGCAAUUUAUCCCCAAUCUAUGACUGUCUUUUCAGUUUUCACCUCAUUCAAUCUAUCACUUUCCCUCCCUCCAAACUCUGAACUCCCUCUGAAUUCUAAAAUCACCGAAUCAGAGAAGAAAAGUUGUUACCGUGACACGUGAGGCUUGUUGCAGUGUUGUCUGUGAGUGUAUCUCUGCCUUUCUGGCUCUCUCUUACUAUAACUGUGACUGCAUUAGAAGGUUGCUGACUUAGUGUUGCUGCUGCUCUAUGUCAUUGACCGCCGGUGUUUAUGGUUGGUUGUUGCCUGCUCCUCCCCUGUUUAGUAAUUUUAGGUAAGUCUUAAAUCUUUUUCGCCUCUCCUGUUCAAUGAUUGUUCAUUGUAGUGGUUUGUAUUCACAAGUCACAACAAAGCUUUUCUUCAUUUCUUCUUAGGUUGAAUUUUUUUUGUUGAAUUUUGUUUAAUUGAAAACUUGAAUUGUUAAUUUAUUAUUGUGGCAUUAGACAUAGUUCUUCAAAAACCAAAUACUUCUACAAAGUGAACAAAUACUCUGUGAAGGAUGAUUGAAAAUUUUAUAUUAUGGUGUAAUGCAUAAGCUAAAGUAACAGAUUUUUUAUGUCGUAA